AGACUGAUUGUCUCGAGCUCCGAUGACUCAGUUCUGGAAGCUUUUAACCCUGGAUUUUAUAAACGCGCCCCACGCCCACGAACCGCGGCAGAAGUCGACAGAUGAGCUGAAGAAACGGUCGGAUUCUUCCACGGCAGGCUGUAGUGAACCUUAGGGAAACAUGGAGGAAAAUAACAACUCGCCGUUUGUAAUAGAUGUUGUCGAGAUUGAUAAUUUCCUCAGUCAUCCGCCGCAAGGUUUCAGCAUUGAACAUCGCGCUGCUUACAGGCUCGUGAAGUCCGAUCCGAAACUCUCGUGCGUGUUCAUCGACGAGUUUCAGUCCAGCAAGGGAAAGGUGAUCUUCUGUCAGUCGCCAGGAAGGAAAAUCACAGUUCGUAAUUUGGGAGAGUACACGAAUUUGAGGAAUCAGCUGCUCUCCAAAAGAAUAUACGUGCUCGUGUCUGCAUGCGCAACAAUAGCUCCAAAAGUACAAGAAAAGAAACGCAUAAAUGAUCCUGCUCUUGGACUCUAUGUGGUGGUGAUCAAUGGCUGUCAUCCCAUGAUCAGAUGGGAGAUGGAAAAGGGCUUAGAUUCAACCAUAUCAUCUGUUGCUGGAGAGAGCUAUACAGUUAAUGUUGAUAUUAGGGAUGCAUUAAAGGCAUGUGUGGGUGAGAAGUUUCGAAUCCUUAUAGAUGGAGAAAAGGUGAAGCCCUCCUGGAAAGACACACAUUUUACUAUCAAGUACCAUUCUGAUGCCCUCUUUGACUUUUCCUACUGGUUUGGCCUCAGCAAGCGAGAGAUUAAGAUCUCCUACUGUGGAAGAUGAGGUCAAAAGCAAAACACCUGAACAUGAAGAGAUCCUGAGACGUAAAUUCAUUAAAUGGCUCAGCUAUUCUGCACUUUUUUGUGUUUAACUUUAUUUCCCAAUGACAUCAGUACCGUAAAUGAUUGUUUACAUAGAAGUAUAAUCUCACACAUAAUUUCAUUGUAACAGAUUAGUCGAUUUUGUAAUCCCCAGUGUGUAGUCUAACAAUCACACCUCACUAAAGUUAUAAUACUUGUAAAUCAUCAUUUGUACAUAGCUAUAUAAUCACUAUUACAACUUUUUCAUGGGUGAUCUAUGUAAAUAACCUUUUUCUAAAUAAAUGCUUUUUACCAUC